AAUCGGUCGGCAGUGUGAUGUAGAGUUCGGAACGAGAAACACGACCGUCGAGUGGUUGUUGGUUGCAGAGUCCACGACCAAGCCAAAGCGAUAAACCUGCCACCUCGUAGAAUCAAGAUUGCUUUUUUUCACAGUGUUAUCCUAACUAACCAGACAGGAUACAAUCUUCAGUCAGCCACCUCCCCUCGUGUUGCGCGUAGAUGGAAGCAAAAAACUUCGGUCUGUAGCAUAUAAGUUUUUAGAAUAUCGAUUUUUUUACAUGUAGUGUGAUAAAAGUGUCCAUUCUUCGGAUUUGUUUCCCGCAGCUGUUUUUGAAAAAGAGUUUCUGUGCCGCAAACGUGUCUAUAAUUAUAACGGGAUCAUUCUCCCGGCAUUGAACGUAAGUGUAGUGAUAUUGGCCUCUGUCGAGAUUAAUUUCGCAAGUGAUCAAGUGGGGUGGAAGAUUAAAAAUAAAUAACGAGAGGAAAAUCGAUCAGUCGACACGGGGAAGACAUAAAUCAUGUGCAGUAGGGAGGCGAAGGUAUCGAAAUGAGGGAUGCCUAACUGGAACUGCGUGUAGGAAGCAAUGUCGAGGGCAACACAUCACUGUGAUUUUUAAUUCAUCUGAACAAAAAAAUUCAAACAACUAAGUAAAACGUUACAAAACAGUAAAAAGUGCUUUUUUCACUCGCGUUUCACCGCUCUGCUACUCACGUUUUCCGUAUUAGUACAUACAAGAAAAGCCGCCAUGACGACCACCGGUGCCCCACAGGCGACAACACCCACCAGCAUCCAGAACACUCAACGGAUGGGCUCGAUAGUGCUGAAAAGUCUGUCCAUUCUGCUAGGGUUGUUUUUCAUAUUUAUCGGCUUGAUGAAACUCACACCGCACAUCAGCAAGGAAUUGCACCGGGAUCUGCGAAGAAAUUACGUCAAAUAUGCCAAAGUGUUUCCGUUUUCCUCCCUAUUCGACUUUAAACUGCCCUCGAAAUGGUAUCGCCGGUCGGUCGGAGGACUGGAGGUGUUCUGCGGCCUAGCGAUGGUGCUCAUUCCCAGCCACAAGGUUAAAAACGUGGCCAACGUUACGCUGUUGAUGUUGAUGUUUCUAGCCGUAUAUUCGCAUUACAUGGUUAGUGAUCCAUUCGAGCGAUGCGGACCGGCUUUGGUAUUUACCUUCAUGUUGAUCGGUCGGCUAGUAAUAUGGUAUCAGGCCAGCAGACGGGAAUCUCUGCUCGCGGCAGAAAAGGUUACCAGCAAUGGCAUUAAGCAGGACUAAACGGGACAAUGUAUGCAAUCUCUGAUCUCAUCAAAACAGCAGACGAUACAUUGGAUGCACGAGCGAAACAAACUAGCAUACGGAUCUUAGCUAUGCUACCGUUCCGGACAAUGGCGAAGGACAAUUAUGAAAAUCGGCAGUUUGUGUUUCUCCUGUUGGCGUACAUUCACACUCCACCUUUCCGGACUAUUAUCAUCUAAGCGAUUAGACUAUUAUCAUAAAAACAUGCUUCACAUAGAAUGGGGUCGUAGGUUUUCGUUAACAAGAUCAUGAUAGAAAUUAACGAUAAUUCACGCUUUCAAACUAUAAAUUCUUACAAAUGUUAGUAUGAAAAUAUCCUCAUAAAGAAGCUAGUCUAGGUACUUAAAAAAAGUGUCUGUGAAACAUCAAAAGCAUGAUAUAAUUAUUUGACAUGAUGGUUUUACUUAGUUAAUUUAUUUUAUACAAAUUCCUGUCGAAGAAAUAUCGCCAUAUUCUAAGUGAAGCAAGUUUUAUACAAAGAUUCGAACGUUAGGUGAAAAUUCUUUUAACGACCAGAUCAGAGCUGGAAUACUCUGCCUUUCGUUUUCAAUUUCAGAACUAUUAAUCUACAAAUGUUUCUUUCGGAAUCCUCUAGACCAAAUCCUAAUAAAGUUGAUCGCAAUGACAGAUAGAAACAAAAACAAAACAAAGUGUUUGUUUACUUAUGGUCAAAUGUGUUCAAACGCUGUUCAAGCUGCAAAACCCAGCGGGACAUCUCUAGUCAGUUGUACAAUUUCUUAACUUAUUUUAAAUAAUUUCAAAACGUCUCUGCAGUUCACGCAAACUAAAGCAGUUUUCUCGUUCAUGUCCUCGCGAAACAGUAGAGCAAGAAUAGAUAUCAAUCAGCCAUUACCUUAUCUAUUUUCACGAUAAGCUUGAAAGACUUCAGCAAAACGUUUCAGUUCUUGCGGAUAAUAAUUUAUACAGCACUGAGUUAAGAACAUUUAUCAAGCGUAUAAGAGUAUCACAUUGCUAAGUAUCAUAAUUACUGCACUUUUUCAAGUAGUAACGUACUGUAACAUCAUGCAAACUUGAUUCUGUAGAUUAACGGACGAAUACCAUUACUAACAUAAUUAUUGUAUUCGCAGAAUAACUUGUAGGCAGCACAAGAAAUAAUUCACGUUUUAAAUAAGAAAGAGUAAAAGACAAAUUUUAGUCCACAAAAAAAACCAAUGCACCUUCGUUGUAUGAAACAAAAACAUAAAAAACCAGCUAAGCGAAAGUUGUUAAAAUUGUAGACCAGCACACCGAAGCCAGCUAAUAAAAAUAACAGCUGUUCAACCAAGAAAACAUAAGAUCUAUAGUAAAAUAGUGCAACCGAUAAGCAAGCAACAACUACAACAAUAUUCAAACCAUAUUACAAGUUUAUAUGAAGAGUAAACGAAUAAACUAAAUCACAAAAGAUUGAUUCAA